AUGCCUUUCAAUCUUAAUACCGAUUUUCCCGAAGCUGAAAUUCUAUCACAGGAAGGGUUAAAAGAGAAGAACCUAAUAAAAAGGUUGCCUGGGCAACCUCCUGUUUCGUUCAAGCAGUAUAGCGGAUAUGUCACCGUGAAUGAAAAGGCCGGUCGAGCUCUCUUCUAUUACUUUGUAGAGGCUGAUAAGAAUAUUGCAAGCAAAUUGCCUCUUCUUCUCUGGCUCAACGGAGGACCUGGGUGUUCUUCUCUUGGUUAUGGAGCAAUGCAGGAGUUGGGUCCGUUUCGGGUUUACAGUGAUGGGAGAACAUUAUACAAAAACGAAUAUGCAUGGAACCUUGUGGCAAAUGUGCUAUUUUUGGAAACUCCUGCUGGGGUGGGGUUCUCGUACUCAAAAACAAAGGUCGAUUUUGUGACUGGUGGCGACAACAAAACAGCCAACGAUAAUUAUGUAUUUCUGGUUAACUGGCUUGAGAGGUUCCCAGAGUACAAGUAUAGAGCUUUUUACAUCGCUGGCGAGAGCUAUGCUGGGCAUUAUGUGCCUCAAUUGGCUCAAAGACUUCUCUAUCACAACUUGAAGUCCAAAAGCACUACGAUCUAUAUGAGAGGGAUAAUUAAAGGCCGAGACCGUAAGAGGCCUCAUACUCCUACGCACCACCCCUCGUUGGACUAG